AGCUCUCUCUCUCUCUCUCUCUCUUGUGAGGAAGAAAGGCCAGUCAGUCUAUCAUCAUUCAUCCAUGGCGACAGCAGCAGCAGCAGCAGCGCCAAUUUAUCUAACAAGCUCUUCUCUCUCUAGCCUCAACGCGUUAGUUCUUCCUUCCUUCAAACUUAAUUACUCGAUCCCUACUUCUUCUUCCUCCUCUUCCUGGAGGUCCAAACGUAUCAGUCUACGUGCUUCCGCCACUCUAGAGUCCACCAAUGGAGCUGCUCUUGCUUCCGAUCCUGAUUUUGACCGCUCUAAUUCCUACGGAAGGACUUACUUUCCUUUAGCUGCCGUUGUUGGACAGGAUGCUAUUAAGACGGCUCUUUUGCUUGGUGCUAUUGAUGGUAAGAUCGGUGGUAUCGCGAUAUCUGGAAGGAGAGGGACAGCCAAAACAGUCAUGGCUCGUGGAUUACAUGCAGUUCUUCCACCUAUUGAAGUAGUCGUUGGUUCUUUUGCAAAUGCUGAUCCAACCUGUCCUGAAGAGUGGGAAGAUGGUCUGGGUGAUAAAGUGGAAUACAAUUCAAACAGUAACGAUGUGAAGACUAAAAUUGUCAGAUCUCCAUUUGUGCAGAUUCCCCUUGGUGUGACUGAAGAUAGACUACUUGGAUCAGUUGACGUUGAGGAAUCUGUGAAAUUUGGAACAACUGUUUUCCAGCCAGGUCUUCUUGCUGAAGCUCACAGAGGAGUUCUGUAUGUAGACGAGAUCAAUCUUUUGGAUGAGGGUAUAAGUAAUCUGCUUCUUAAUGUCUUAACCGAAGGAGUUAAUAUUGUCGAGAGAGAAGGCAUCAGCUUUCGUCAUCCAUGCAGGCCACUUCUGAUUGCUACUUACAACCCUGAGGAGGGUGCUGUGAGGGAGCACUUACUUGAUAGAAUCGCAAUCAAUUUGAGUGCAGAUAUUCCCAUGAACUUUGAAGAUCGUGUUGCUGCUGUUGGUAUUGCAACGCAGUUUCAAGAAACUAGUAAGGAAGUUUUUAAACUGGUUGAAGAGGAAACUGAAUUUGCAAAAACUCAGAUUAUCUUGGCAAGGGAAUACUUGAAGGAUGUCAAUAUUAGCAGAGAGCAACUGAAGUAUUUGGUUAUGGAAGCACUUCGAGGUGGCUGCCAGGGACAUAGAGCUGAAUUAUAUGCUGCCCGUGUUGCUAAGUGCUUAGCAGCUCUGGAAGGGCGUGAGAAAGUCUACGCGGAUGAUCUGAAAAAAGCUGUUGAACUAGUCAUUCUCCCUCGUUCAAACAUCACUGAAACCCCACCUGACCAGCAAAACCAGCAACCGCCUCCACCUCCACCUCCUCCACAAAAUCAAGAUUCUUCUGAGGAGGAGCAGAAAGAAGAGGAAGAGAAAGAGGAAGAUGAACAGGAUGAAAAUGAUGAAGAGAAUGAGGAGCAGAUGGACCAAUUACCUGAAGAGUUUAUCUUUGAUGCAGAAGGAGGUCUAGUGGACGAGAAACUUCUAUUCUUUGCACAACAGGCACAGAGACGUAAAGGAAAAGCUGGAAGAGCGAAGAAUGUAAUAUUUUCAGAGGAUAGAGGCAGAUAUAUUAAGCCAAUGCUUCCUAAGGGUCCUGUGAAGAGAUUAGCUGUUGAUGCAACUCUUAGGGCAGCUGCACCAUAUCAGAAACUUAGGAGAGAGAAAGAUGUUCUAAAGACGAGAAAAGUUUUUGUAGAGAAAUCCGAUAUGAGAGCUAAAAGAAUGGCACGAAAAGCUGGAGCCCUGGUGAUAUUUGUGGUUGAUGCUAGUGGAAGCAUGGCUUUAAACCGAAUGCAAAAUGCAAAAGGCGCAGCCCUCAAGUUAUUGGCCGAGAGUUAUACAAGCAGAGAUCAGGUAUCCAUCAUUCCCUUCAGGGGAGACUCAGCAGAGGUUCUUUUGCCUCCUUCUAGGUCAAUCUCAAUGGCUAAGAAACGUCUUGAAAGGCUUCCAUGUGGUGGAGGUUCUCCUCUUGCUCAUGGUCUUACUACGGCAGUAAGAGUGGGGCUAAAUGCUGAAAAGAGUGGGGAUGUUGGAAGGAUAAUGAUUGUUGCGAUAACUGAUGGAAGAGCCAAUAUAUCAUUGAAAAGAUCCAACGAUCCAGAAGCUGCUGCUGCAUCCACUGACCCUAGACCAUCUACAAAAGAACUUAAGGAUGAGAUUCUUGAAGUGGCUGGCAAGAUUUACAAAGCAGGAAUGUCUCUGUUAGUCAUUGAUACGGAGAAUAAGUUUGUAUCUACCGGGUUUGCUAAGGAGAUCGCUAGAGUGGCUCAAGGGAAAUAUUAUUACUUGCCAAAUGCUUCAGAUGCUGUCAUUUCAGCAGCUACAAGGGAAGCCUUAUCAGUUUUGAAGAGUUCUUGAUCUUGUCUCAAUAACAUGUAAGUUAUCUUAUUCUCUGUUUUUGUUAUCUGAGUGUUUCUUAGUUUAUUGGAAGAGAUAUUAUUCUUUCUUUGUUUUGUCCUCUUAAUUACUCUUUUGUAGACUAUAACAACUUUGUAUAAUAUUUAUAAAAAUAAAAAUAAAAAAUCAAUUUGAUAUAAUUUUGU